AUGCAAACUUAAUUUAUCGCUGAAGCAAACCAACUUCCACUUUCCAAAAACAAACAAACUCUGGAAAAUGCAGUAAACCCUGUAGAUUCCAGAAGAAAUUUAAGAGAAAGAAGAAAAUUUAAUUUUCGAGAAUUCAAACCUGUUGCUUUGAUACAAUGUAAGAUCCUUUCGUAUAUAACUUUUAGCAUCUUAAUAGAGAGUCAAUAUAAACGUUCUUUUUAAUUUUUGA